AUGAAGACUCCCAGCUACGCCCUGGCAUUUGCCACUCUUGCCCUUGCGGCCGUGGCCGCCCCAGUGGAGCAACGAGAGUCUGAGUCUGGAGCUCAUGAUCAUCAUGCGCUCGCCGCUGCCCGGCACUACGAUGGUGAUGCUGCUUAUGACAAACCAGCCUACCACCGCCGUCCGGACGGGGACUCGGCGUACAACAAGCCAGUGUAUGAUGGCGAUGCUGCGUACGACAAACCAGCCUAUCGCCAUCGCCUUGACGGAGAUUCGGCCUACAGCAAACCGAUAUACGAUGGAGAUGCUGCGUACGAUAAGCCAGCCUAUAACCACCGUCUUGACGGGGAUUCUGCCUAUAACAAGCCAGUGUACGAUGGAGAUGCUGCGUACGACAAACCAGAGUAUAACCACCGUCUCGACGGGGAUUCUGCCUACGACAAGCCAGAGUAUAACCACCGCCUUGACGGGGACUCUGCCUACAACAAACCAGUCUAUGAUGGCGAUGCUGCAUACGACAAGCCGGCUUAUCAGGGCCAGAGUCAGACCCAUAAACUGGCCAGUCUCCUUCUCGAUGCUGAACAGAUUGCCGGGAAGCUGCUGGAGCAUCUCGGGAAUUGA